AUGCAGACCCAAGAAAAUAUCGAUUCGACCCGUGGUAAUGCGGCGCUAAUAUAUCAGACGCCCCAGAGGCCAAGCCGCGGUGGCCAUCCGCAAAAUGGCGCCGAGCGCGGAGGCAGAACGGACAAUAAUACCACGACUAGCAGGGGUGCUCGUCUACCUUCUCGCGAACGGUCGAAUUCGCCUCCAGGGCAAUCGAAUGGCAGAAGAGACAGCGGAUACGGCUCGCGACUUCCAUCGGUUAUUCUACCUUCACCCGUCCAAAGAGAAUACACAAGAGAUACCGUUGCUUCUUCUGCACUGCAGGAAAUUCAAAGAAGCGCAGCAGCCUGGCCUGCAGUAAGCACGGCGAGGAGAAGUGCGGAGGAGACGGGAGACGUCGUGCCAUUGGACCAAGAGCCGCUGGGCAUGGAUGGCGUGGAUUUUUCGAUGCCAGGCAUGGCGUUCGACACCAAUGACCUGUCGAUGCUGAUCGUCGAUUACCCAAUGGAGCACGAAAUGACCCCCCUGGCUGGUACAGCUGACCGCAGGCAGGGCGACAGAGGCGAAGGCGCGAGACGAUUCAGCUACGAAAACUUCUCCGCCACGGGUACCACCGCUAGCGCGAGUACUGGGAUCCCAAGCUGGCCGACCACUCAAGCUGGCUUUUCUGAGGGCUCUAUGGAAUUCGGUAGAGACCAGGAAGCUGAUGUGGCCGUCUCCGAUUCCAGCGCGGCAGAGGAUGCUCGAACCUUCACCAAAAGCCACAAGGAGCUGCUCAAGCUUAGCCUAGAAUUGGUGGAAGACCGAGAAAGAAUGGAUUCCCAGGCACCCUGGCCUCCAAGGCCCCCGAUAACCCCUAACCCUCUCAAGUGCUCCUCGUCGAUCCAGCAGCAACCCGUCAACCGCAUGUUAGACCAAGCAUCACGGCUAUGGGAUAUUCUGAAGGAUUUGUCCGCGGCCAGUGACACCCCGAAACCGCGCCCCGGCGGCCCUGGCUACGAGAAUGGCGUAAGCAACCACUCGAAUAACAGUAGUGAUAGGCCAAGGCAAGGUUACACCCGGCCCGGCAACGUAGAAACCGGGUAUCCGGGAAACAACGGUAACCUCGCCUCGCGCUCUUUCUCCCCACCGCCUUCAUCAUCAGCGACCAGGAGCCUUGACCCUCUUCUCAUCGCGAACCUCGUGACCACCUAUGUUUGCUUGCUGCGCAGUUGCCGUGCCGUCUUCGCACGACUUUACCAUGCCCUCCUCAUGGCGCCAACAAGUGAGGUGAACUCACUCAUUAGCUUACCGGGCCUUCAAUUCGGCAACUUCCCGCUCGAGAAUAAUUUGGCCAUCCAAGUCAAGGUGCUGAUUGAGCUUACCUCAGGGAUGCUACUCCGGAUUAGCAAUGCCCUCGGCAUUAGCCCGGCAAGCGUCAUCGGCGGGUCGUCGUCGCCCACUCCUAAUGAAGAUGUAGAACAUCGACUCCCAUUCCUUAGCGACCCUGUAGCCAUAUCGAUCCGCCAAAUUAUCCUAUCGCAGGAAUUGAUGCAAAACGGCGCACAGGACGGGGAGCCGCCCCCACUUACAAGGAUAAUCAAGAAUAUCCAGACACUUCUCGAACGACGGUAUUGCCCCCUUUCCCUCUUCGCAAUCCGCAACCUCUUUAUAAUUGGUUCUGUCGGCUGA